AUGGAUGGCGGUGGCCUGGAAGUCAAAUCCAUCAAACGAGAGAACAUUCAGACCUUGAACAAGGUCGAUCGCGAAGCGUGCAAGGCUUGGGCCAAAGCCGAGAAGAUGCACAAGGAAGCCAGGGACAGGCGAGAGCAGCAGGAGGAGAUCCAAAAGUACAAGAACGUCGUCGAGGCAAAGCUGUCGAAGCUUACGUUGACGGACAAAGCCAAGGACUUGCUGCGGACGCUUGGGCCGGAGCAGGCACUAAGUGUCUUGGAUCGGUGCGAAGGUCCCAGUGUUACAAACGUCAGCGGCUUUGUCAUCACGCAGGCCAAACUGCUUCUCGGGCAGGACUCCGACUCCGAGGGCGACGGUGAGUCGCAAGCAAAGAAGGCUUCGAAGCGUCUGCUUGCUGUGACACAUUGA